AUGGUUGUUUUCUUGAAACCCAAAUCCAAACUACCAACAGGCGAGGACAUAGAUAGAUUUAUAUCAGCAGAGAUACCGGACAAGGACUUGGAUCCAAUUUUGUACGAAAUUGUUGGAGACUUGAUGAUACAUGGACCAUGCGGUGAUGACAAUCCAAAAAAUGUUUGUAUGCAUGAGACAAGGUGUACAAAAUUCUUUCCUAAGCCUACUGGAUCAGUUACUAAAAUCGAUGAUGCUGGCUUCCCCAUCUAUAGACGUCGUAUGGAUCAAAGAACCAUUCUGAAGAGGGGUGUUUUGUGUGAUAAUCGAUAUGUUGUCCCAUAUAAUCCAGAUCUCUUAAAGCGUUUUCGGGCACAUGUUAACGUUGAGUGGUGGAACCAAACCAGGUCUAUAAAGUACCUAUUCAAAUAUAUAAACAAGGGUCCAGAUUACAUUAGAGGAGCAAUCGAGGAUGAAGACGGUAACCCCGUUAUAUCCCAAGAUGAGGUUGAGCAACAUUACAAUUGCAGAUACAUUUCACCGUAUGAAUCUUCAUGGAGGAUUCUAAAGAUUCCUACACAGUACCGAACCACGGCAGUAAUGCAACUUUCGUUUCAUUUGCCUGGUAAACAAAUGUGUAUAUAUCACGAAGGAGAGAGCGUUGACCAAGUCUUAAACAAGGCAUCGAUAGGUCAGUCACAAUUUCUAGCGUGGAUGGAGGCAAACAAGGAACAUGCCUUGGCAAAGGAGCUAACAUAUGCUGAUUUCCCAACAAAAUUCGUCUGGGUCUCAAAGCAGCGGCAAUGGAGAAUACGAAAACAAGGUUUUGCCAUAGGCAGACUGGUGUAUGUCUCACCUUCCGCUGAAGACGCAUAUCAUUUGAGGAUUCUUCUCAAUAUAGUCAAGGGCCCUAAGAGUUUUGAUGACUUAAAAAAGAAAAGGCGUGAAGAGAAUGACCCAGGUUUGGUGUUGACUGAAGCCCAAUAUAAGAAUCUUGGUUUGCCAGAUAUAGAGAAGUAUAUGCGCAGAAACGGUCAUUCAUUAUCCGACUAUAAAGGAGAGAUGCCAGUCCUUGAUGAUAUUGGAAAGUAUAAGAAAUCAAAUCAUCUAAUCCGGGAUGAGAAAUCAUACGAUCGUGCAAAACUUGCAAACGAUCAUGUCAAGUUGUUUUCAACAAUAACCAAUGAACAGAAGGAUAUCUACAAUGAGACAAUGGAUGCAGUUACAAGAGGUAUCGGUGGAAUGUUUUUUGUUUAUGGAUAUGGUGGGACAGGUAAAACGUACCUAUGGAGGCUUUUAGGCGCUGCUCUUCGUUCUCAAGGAAAAACAGUUCUCAAUGUUGCAUCAAGUGGCAUUGCAGCAUUGUUAUUAGAGGGAGGAAGAACAGCGCAUUCUCGGUUUGGAAUACCCAUAGUUGUGAAUGAGUAUACAUUCUGUAAUGUGAGUUCUGGAUCACACCAAGUAGAGCUGAUUAAAGCAGCCGAUCUUAUUAUAUGGGAUGAGGCUCCGAUGAUGAGCAAGCAUUGUUUUGAGACAUUGGAUCGGACUAUGCGUGAUAUACUAAAGUGUGAUAAGGUCUUUGGUGGAAAGGUCGUUGUUUUGGGUGGUGACUUUCGACAAAUACUCCCUGUUAUUGUCGGAGGCAAUAGCUCAGAGACUAUAUGGGCAACUGUGAAUUCUUCUCAUAUUUGGUCUGAUUGCAAAGUUCUGCAGCUAAAGACAAAUAUGAGACUGCUUCGUGGCGAUAAUGAUUUCAAUAAUCAAGAAAUAGAAGAAUUCGCCAAGUGGAUCUUGGAUAUUGGUGAUGGAAAACUAAAUAUUCAUGAUACCAUAGAAGAUGAAUUAGAAAUUCCAGCGGAUUUGCUGAUAAGCGGAGAAGGUGAUCCUGUUAAGAGAAUAGUCUCAGAGAUUUAUGGUCAAUCUUACACAACCACUCGUGAACCAGUUUUUUUUCAGGAAAGGGCAAUACUCAGUCCACGGAAUCAGGAUGUCGACGUUAUCAAUGAAUUCAUGAUAUCAGAACUCAAAGGUGAGGAACAUGAAUACCUUAGUGCUGAUAGCAUUGAUACUUCAGACACAAGCAAAAUAGACGAAGUCGUCUAUACACAGGAGUAUCUUAAUAGUAUAAAGGUAUCAGGGCUGCCAAAUCAUUCUCUCAAGUUAAAGAUAGGAGCUCCAAUAAUGUUGCUUAGAAAUAUUGAUCCUAAGGGUGGUUUUUGUAAUGGUACGAGGUUGCUUAUUACUCGGUUAGCUAGGCAUGUAAUCGAGGCAAGCCGUAUAACCGGGAAGAAAAUAGGAAAAAAGGUUAUCAUACCUAGAAUGUUUGUGUCACCACCAGAAGCAAGGUUUCCUUUUAGAAUGCGCCGGAGGCAGUUUCCUAUUAACAUAGCUUUUGCUAUGACUAUAAACAAAAGUCAGGGUCAGACUCUACAAAAGGUGGGAUUAUAUUUGUCAAAGCCAGUGUUCUCGCAUGGUCAACUUUAUGUCGCCGUGUCUAGAGUUACAUCACGCCAAGGGUUGAAGAUUCUUAUUACAGAUAAGAAUGGCAAAGUACGAAAGAAGACAAUGAAUGUUGUUUACAAAGUUGUGUUUGAAAACAUUUAUAGAAAUUCGCGGUUGGUUUGA